GGGCGGUGGAGGCUUUGCCGCCGGCCGGGCCCGGCUGCCUGCUCCGCCGCGGCGGUGCCGCUCGCUGAGGGCGGGAGGCAGCCGGAACUGUGCUAUCUCUGGCAUUUACAAUCGCAUUUUAAAUAUUUUUCUGGUUUUAUAACGCAGGUUUCCACAAAUACCUCAUUUCACAUCAGCCCUGGCAGCAAUGGCUUCAGGAACAGCAUUGAUUUAUGAUGAGGAAAUGACCAGUCAUAAACUACUUUGGAAGGAUCCAGUUUGUGAUAUUGAAGUGCCAGAAAGAUUGUCAUCCUCUUAUGAGCAGCUUAAAUGUUACCAUCUCGUGGAAAGAUGUGUCUGUGUGCCUGCCAGAGAAGGAAGCGAGGAGGAGAUCCUGUUGGUUCACAGUUCAGAACACUUAGAAGUUGCAAAAAGCACCCAGACAAUGAAUGAAGAGGAACUGAAAAGAGUCUCUGGAAAUUAUGAUGCCUUUUUCUUUCAUCCGAGCACUUACCGCUGUGCCAGACUAGCAGUAGGAGCAAGUUUGCAGCUAGUAGACUCUGUGAUGUCAGGAAAAGUAUGCAAUGGAAUGGCAUUAGUAAGGCCUCCAGGUCACCACAGCCAGAGAAAUGCAGCUAAUGGAUUCUGUUUAUUCAACAAUGUUGCUAUUGCAGCAGAAUAUGCAAAAAGAAAAUACAGUCUACAGAGAAUUCUAAUUGUUGACUGGGAUGUGCACCACGGGCAAGGAAUGCAGUAUAUAUUUGAAGAGGAUCCAAGUGUUUUGUACUUUUCCUGGCAUCGGUAUGAACAUCAGGAAUUCUGGCCAUCACUCAAGGAAUCUGAUUAUGAUGCUGUAGGACUGGGAAGAGGAAAAGGGAGUAAUAUAAAUUUGCCUUGGAAUAAGGUUGGCAUGGGAAAUUCAGAUUAUCUUGCUGCUUUUUUUCAUGUCUUGCUUCCAAUGGCUUUUGAGUUUGAUCCUGAACUGGUGCUUGUUUCCUCUGGAUAUGAUUCAGGAAUUGGAGACCCUGAAGGUCAGAUGAAUGCCACUCCUGAGGUUUUUGCCCACCUUACUCACUUCCUGAUGCAGCUGGCUAAUGGAAAGCUGUGUGUUAUUCUGGAGGGUGGAUACCAUUUGAAGUCAUUGUCUGAAUCAGUCUGCAUGACUGUAAAAACUUUGCUUGGAGAUCCUGUACCCCAAAUAACUGGAGAAAUGGAACCUUGCCUAAGUGCUAUUGAAUCUAUUCAAAAUGUGAGAGCAGCACAUAAACCCUACUGGAAAUGUUUGAUGUAUGAAGAUACAUCUUUUUUACAAAAUCUGAGUACCAAAUCACACCUACUAGAGAAGGCUAAUACAAAUCCCUCCGCACAACAUGAAUCUAAGAUGAUCAACAAAGAUGAAAAAGUCAAAGUAGAAAUGUUUUUGGAAUUGCACAUGAAAAAUAUUCUACUACCAGUGCCUCCCAUCAAAACAGCAGCAACAAUUGGGUGCAAAGCUUCAGCAUGUUUGCUUCCACUAUCCAUUUGUGUGGUGAAGGAAAUGGACCUGAAUGAAGUUAAAGCUCUUGUCAGUGCCUUUUAUGCAGAUCUUGUGAAAGAGUAUGAAACUUUGCUUUCUCUUGGGAGUAUGUUGGCUGUUCUAGAUAAAAUACUUACGAAGCAGGUGUGCAAUGGAAUUGCAGAAUCAUCCACAGCUUCUGCUUCUGUUGCUGUUGCACUACAACAUUCUCUUCGUUUUGGAUUUCAAAGAGUGCUCUGCAUAUUUGUUGGAGACAUGGAAAUCAUACCAAACAUAGAAGAUGGAAAAAUACUUGUGAUACAUAUCUGUGAGAAACAACAAUCUGAAAAGACCAACUCCAAACACUAUAUUUCACUGAACUGGAAGGAGGGUACUGAAGGAAAUGACUUCUUUUCUGCUGUAUUUGGAUUCAUUCUUCCUGUAGCAUAUAGUUAUCAAGCCAACUUAACAGUAAUAGCUGUUGGACCAAACAGGAGCCUUGGAAUAAAUGGAAUUUCUUUACUUUUUGGUUUACUACGAGGACUCGCCGAGUCUCGAAUUCUUGCAAUGAUUGAGAACACGGAGAUAAAUCUAAUGCAAAUUGUAGCUAAAGCCUUAGCAGGUGAUUCUACACCUGACUUUGGAGUCUAUGUACCUCCUACCCAAGAAAAAGUACAUAAAUUAAAAAUAUUAAGAGACCAGCUUCAGCACGAAUGGAAGAUGCUUCAGUGUUCAGUGAAAAAUGGGAUUUCAGGAAACUGACUUCACUUUAGAAUCACUUCACACAGCAGAAGCAGAAGAAAAUGCAGCUUGGUUUGUUUUUUAAAUCAUCAAGAAAAGUGUGGUCGAUUUUUAGCCAGAACAUUUUGUACCCACAAACAAUUACUUCAUCUUUUUAAAAUGUAAAAUCCAUAUUUUCAUGUCUAUAUCUAAGGAAUUGUACAUGCAAAUUCUAUAUUGGCACCAAUUAUGCAGAGCUGACCCUUGAAAACAUACUCCUGCACCGUCAUCAUUGCACAGUGGGGCUGAUGUGAUUUGUGACUGUGAAGUUAGGAUUGUAUAUGCAGUAGCUUGACCAAAUGAAAAUGAAAGUAGUCUAGAAGACUGAAAUCUGAGAAUGCACUUUCCCAAAGAUACUCCAUUCUCACACCUUUCUUACUUCCUUUCACUGAGCGAUGAGUUUCUAUAGCUAGUUUGAAUGAUACAAAUGUGGCAUUUUGAUAUAUAUUUUUCUAAGACGUGAACUAAGGGAAAAGAACUGUGUAUAUUUACAGUAAAAUUACUUUCCAAAUGUCAGAAGACUGUAGGGUUGUAUUUUUGUCCUGAUCUGUAGAACAUAAAAUAAACGUGUUUUGUACCUUCA